AUUCGAAAAAUAUGUCGGCGAAGCAAUCAGCAUUUUUGAUUUAAGUGAACUCUCGGCAAAUUAAAUUAAACUUCCCAAAUGAUACAGUGAAAUUGCGGCUGUAUUAAUAUAUCGCAAAACAUAAACUCUAUGCCAUUAGUGAAACGCGGACGCUGGCACUAAUCCGGAUAUAUUUCUUUCACCUUUUCCGCUUUUAUUGACUGUGUAUUUUGGCCUGCGAGCUAAACAACAAAAGUUUUGUUUUUCCUACAUUUUCAUUGUGCAAUUAAAGACUAAUCAAUUGAAAAUGACAUCUGCAGUCUGCGACGAACGGGCAUAUUAUGCCAAAUUGGAGGCAAUCAGAGAUAUUAAGGGCAGAACGAUUCAGUUGGACAAAUUGAAAAAUCGCAUAAUUCGCGAAGUCGAAAAUACCGAUGCAGAAGAAAAAAGUUUGGCUGAAUAUCGACGGGAAAUGGAGCUGCUGUUGCAGGAAAAAAUGAGCCACGUAGAAGAAUUGCGACAGAUCCAUGCGGACAUAAAUGCGAUGGAAACAGUCAUCAAGCAAGCGGAAGAGAAUCGAGCUCGAUCGUUGACCAUUGCAAACAAAAUCCACGAGGAGUAUGUUCCACUGAAAAGCGAAAUCGAUCAUAUGCGUCGCGAAUACCUUGGCCUCAGUCCGAUACCCGAUCUGCACGAGGAAGAAGGAUCAAUCAUAUCGGCAGACAAAAUUAUCAAUUUUAGUCGAUUCCAAUCAACGUACUAUCCGUCGAAAAAUGCUCACACAAUUCCGACGGCUAGCUUUUCACGACCACCGCUAACAACACAUCAUCAAAUGGUACCUGAGGCAACCGUCACAUCUUUGCCGCCAUCAGCACCUCCCGGCUUUCUACCACCGCCACCAUUGGGCUCGAUGCGUUUGAAUAAACCGCCGGAAAUCGGACCGAAUCGUAUGCAACAGUCCCCGUCAAUAUCUAUGGCCCAUCCGACGUUCAGGUCUGAAUUUAAUGUCAAUUUGAGACAACAACCACCGCCAAUGAAAUCCUGUCUAUCGUGCCAUCAACAAAUCCAUCGUAAUGCUCCGAUAUGUCCGUUGUGCAAGGCUAAAAGUCGUUCACGGAAUCCGAAAAAACCGAAGAAAAAGGACCAUUAAACCACCAUCCGUCUUAUGAGCGUACGCAUUUAGAGCAAAAGGUUUGUCGGAUAAUACCUCAACUCUAAUUUAUUGCCCAUUUUUAUGUUCGAUAAAGAAAAACGGAUUUUUUUUUAUUUAUUUAAAAAUGUAAGAAAAAUGAUGGUAGCUCGACGAAAAGGGAGGCAGUGCCAAAUUAAUCAGAAUUAAUUUUUUUAAUUUUUACCUUCGAACUUACAUAUUUGCUGUAUUAAACGUUAUUCUACUUCCAAACGAUAGGAUUUGAUGAUUAAGGUCGGAAAUGGGAAACAAUUACGUCGAUCAGGUUCUGUUCGACCUUAUUUAGUUCCCAAGUUUAAGAGCUCAGGAUCAAAAUUCGAAAGUUGCUUGUAUGACGAUGUAGGGUUGAGGUUCACUUAUAUGAUGGAACGUACAUGUAUAUCGUUUGCUCUUGAAUGCCACAAAGCUAUUUUAAAGGCAUAUUCAACAGAAAUGUAAAAAUUCUAGAGAAAUUGAUCAAAAAAGUUUCCUUCUCCAUUUAUCAAAUGCAUCCCUUUCCAGAGACUCCGACUUUAGGUUUGCAAAUGAUCAUUUUUAUGAACUUCAUCUAGCCAGAGUCAAUGUUAAAAAUCGGUUUUGUAUCUACCCCGCAAAGAAAUGGUUAAACUAUCCUGCCAUUUCAUGGAGGGCUGAACUUUAUCAUGGAGGUAAUUGCCACCGUAUACUCGGCGCCACUGCUUCUUGCUAUCUACUGUAUUCUGUAAAAAUGAAAAAUCAACAGUCAAAGAUUUUUCUACGGCAGGUGGAGGAUAUGACAUGAUGUUUCUUCAGCGAAAAUGAAAGUGAGUUGGAAUCAGUGUCCACUAGGAGGUACUCACAUACUCAUCAGGACUGAUUUUCGGUUCUAAAGUCGGUUUUAAAUUGGUGUCUGCCCCAAAUCAGUCAAAAAAUGUAUUCCGACUUGUGAUACAUCGCGUUCAUGUCGAGAUACAUACAUAUUUCAGCGCUUCAAGCUCGAGUUGGAUCAGCUUGUGUUGAACUUUUUCUGACAACCUCUCGACCAUUCUCACUAGAGAAUUGAUUGUAAAUACAACCUAAUUUUUGUUGACAUUACGGGCUGUAGACCUCGAACUCCAGUAACAAAUGUAAAACAGUUUGAUUGAGUCGCAAAUUAGACUAAAGGUAAAAGAAUCACCGUCACCAAACUUACACCAGUCAGUAUCUUCUGUUUCAUGUCUCAAUUUUGUAGUGACACAUCAUCUUCUAAUGAUGCUCCAAUUACUCGUUCACACUUUGAGUCUAUUAGGUGUGGACAAAAACCGAGAGCAUGAAGAAGGGCUCAGACACAGAAUUCUGAAAGUUUGGUUUUUCAACUAGAAUUUAGUUUUUAGCUUAAGUUUUUGAAAAUGAAAAAUUUCGUAACAUUAGGAGAACAGAAAAACUUUCGUGUAGCUUAAGGUAGAUAAUAAUAAUCGACAGUAAAGUGGAAAAAAAUAAAUGUUUUGUAAUAAACACAGUGAGUAC